CUCUUGGAACAAACUAGGACCGAAAAUCGCGGAGCAAUGUGUCGCUUCGAUAAAUUGAAGGGUGCGGGAUGGUUGAUGAAAAAAGGACUGGUACUCAUCGUUGUUGGUCAUGUCAAUUUCAUCUUCGGUGCCAUUGUUCACGGCAGUGUUUUGCGUCACAUCUCUAAACCGAGUGACCAAAUCACUACCGAAUAUACCGUGGCCAACAUUAUUUCAGUGACAUCAGGACUACUGAGCAUUGCAAGCGGUAUCAUUGCAAUAUUGGUGUCAAGGAAUCUUACGAACGCAAAACUGCAUGUAGGCCUACUGGUCAGUGCCUUUUUGAACGCUCUGUUCUCUGCGGCCUGCUGUGUGGGCCUGCUCUUGGCGAUCAGCCUCACGAUCAGCGGAGACGGACAGGUUCUUAUGCGUGGCUGUAAAAUGACAGACGUGCCCAUCAAUGCCCGUGCCCCCGUGUCUGUUGACUGCCCUUUUGACACCACACGUAUCUAUGACACAACCCUGGCUCUGUGGUUCCCAAUGGCGCUGUUUUCUGCUCUGGAAUCAGGGUUGUCUGUAUGGUGUUUUGUCGUUGGACUGACACUAAGAGGUCUUGGGCCAUGUGGUCAGAGUUACAUCAAAGAACAGGUGAACUAG